UGACUGUGUUAGUGGCGUAUGAUGAGAACGAGUUCAUCCAAAUGUAAACAUAAAUAAAUCGGAAAAAGUUAGAAAAUCUGCAGUUUGUGCUUCCAGUUUAAAAACGAUAAAAUAUUUAGGUGAACCAAGUGGAGAAUAGCAUGGCUUCGACGCUAGUCCCAAUCGAGUCGGGUGGUCCAGAGGGCCUCCAACAAAUGUGUCGGCUUUGUAUGGGUGAAGAGAAUCUUGAAGAUGUUUUCAAGCAGAAUGACCUGCAUCAGUGGAUAUCCAAUUACCUUUGGAUAACGAUAUCCAGCGAUGACCGCAAGGGUCACACCGUCUGCAUUAUCUGUCGCUUACGGUUAGCUGAAUUUCACCGAUUUCACAUCCGGUGCCAGGAGGUGCAAGCGAUUCUGCAAUCCAUGGUUCGGGAAGAAUAUGGAACAUUGACCAGGCAUGGCGAGAACAUUGAUCUCCGACACGUGAAAACUGAACCAUGUGAGCAAGUUGCGUUCAAUAACGGAGCUGAACUAAGCAAUAAGGACCUAAGAUCGAACACUGGAACUCAAAUUUCAGUCGAUGGUUUCGGUCAUGAUAGUUCAGAAUUGCAGCUUCCAUCAGUCAGUGUGGAAUUUAAACCAGAUAUUGCCAACGACCACGCAAGAGAUGAUCAUUUAAAACUUUAUCAAGAUGAUGAUGGAUAUGGGCAAUCGGUUUCUGCGCAGGAUGAGAUUGUGGUACAUCAAGUAAAAAUCGAGGGUAUGGUACAUGAUGAAGAACCACAAGAUGAAUCAGACAAAAGUGUCGGGAAGUUUCAAUGCAGCACAUGUGCGAAAACAUACCGGACUAGACGACUACUAGUUGGGCAUAAUAGAAGAGUUCAUGGACCUAAAAAUCAUAUUUGCCGGAUUUGUGGAUUAGGCUUCUCUUAUGGGAUAGACCUGCAAAAGCAUGAGUUAACCAAGAUGCAUUUGUUGAGAGUUCAAGCCAAUCCAGAACUGAAGCUUCGAAUCGACAACGAAAAGACGAAUGAUAUAUACACGUGUUGGAAAUGCAAUCGAACAUUUGGUCAAAAGCGUGAUUUGAAAAAACACGCAAGAAGUCAUGACGCAAAACUGAAUGAAAAGAAAGCAUCUCAGUCGCGUGAAGAACAACUAGAGACUGAUAAAGCGGUUGUCAGCACAAAGAUUCCUGAGAAACGAAAACCUUCCGAAACCGAAGAAAAAAGCAGAACAGAUGAAAAAUGGCGAUGCAAUCAAUGCGGCAGGUCAUUCUCCAGUGGGGACAAACUAAGAUGUCAUAUGAGAUGUCAUGCAAAAAAUGUCGUAUGUCCCAUAUGCGGAAAGCCAUUCGCUAAUCAAGUUACACUGAACAGACACAUACCAGUGCACGAUCCGAAUCGUGCACGUCCGUUAAGAGCAUCAGAAUCAGCGGGAGGGCCAUUUCGAUGUGAUAUUUGCCAGAAAGAAUUCGCACUGAAAAGUACACUGAGGUCGCACAAACCAAAAGUGCACGGACCAAGACGCUAUCCAUGUCACCUAUGCGAUAAGAAAUUCGGCACAAGUUCUGUUUUGGCCCACCACGUACGGAGGCAUUAUGGUGACGGAAGGAUUAGCAGGAAAGAUCAAUCUGAUUCAGCCAAAAUAGCAUGCUCUUCUCAAGGCAUCGACCUCGGCACCGACAGUAGUUCGAAAUAAAUGAGGUACAGGGGGUGGCCAAAAUGUUUGAUAUAAGCAACUUUUUUUUCUCUCAAAAAGUUUAACAUGCUGUAACUUUUCACAAAGUACACCCAAACUUAUUAAAUUUUGACUGUUUGUCAACCUAUUAUAUGUGCAUCAUUGGUACAAAUUUGAGAUCGAUUGAUUAAUCUUUCGCGAAGCUAGAACCGUUCUUGUAAAACACAAUUUUUGAGACAACUAAUUUUCGAACUGUCAUAUCUCGGAAACCAGUGAACCAAAUUGAAUGAAAAUUUGAAAGAUAGUUUGGAGCUCAUUUAGAUUAAAAGAAGAACACAUUUAGUAUUUUUGUGCGGUUUUGUAAAUUUGCAAAUGUCAAAACAAUAACUUUUUUCAACGUUUAAAAAGUACCUAUGUUUUAAAGAAUUUUCAAACAUUAAUAUGUUGUUGGUAAUCGCUCAAAAUUUCAUUCAUUUCGAUUCUCUGAUUUCCGAUAUAUGACAGUUCAAAAAUUAGUUGUCUAAAAAUUGUGUUUUACUAGAACGGUUCUAGCUUCACGAAAGAUUAACCAAUCGAGCUCAAAUUUGUACCAAUGAUGCACAUAUAACAGGUUGAGAAACAGUCAAAAUUUGAGAAUUUUUGAUGCACCCUAUGAAAAGUUAUAGCAUCUUCAAAAAAAGGUGGCUAUCCCAAACAUUUCGGCCACCCCCUGAAUGUAUAAUAUACAUUGUAUGUUAUGCAUCCAUUCGCAUAACAGUCCCAUAUACGAACCCAGCAAUCAUGGGACUGUUACGUGAGUGGAUGGGGGCAGUAUAAAUGUCGUUCAAUAAAUUCCGUGUUUGUAACAUAUUUGUGUAAAUUCUUUUCGAAAGAAUAAUUCAUUACUAUUAGUGAAAUUGAGAGAUUCAGCGAAGCUAAAACUUUCCAGAAUACUCACAAUUGAAGCACAGAGAACAGGUUUCAGAUAGCAGAAGACCGGCUCCAGAGGUUCGUUAUUCUCCAUUUGGGAUGUUUGUGCCAUCGUUAUAUUCCGGAAGGCAGUGAAUCAUUACAACUAAAUCGAAACGGUCGCGUGAGUGCCCCAAACAUCAAAAAAUCAUAGCUCAAAAUCUAUGUAACAAACUUUGUUUAGUGAAGCGAUUCAAUGAAAAUUCACCGAGAAAAACAUUUCUCAGACAAUUUUUCACCAUAGUGAAAAAACGUCUAAAAAUGCUGAUUAAAGUACCGUCUGUAUCAUAAACAACACAUAUAGGGUUUGAGUGCCAUAAAGUAAUCUCACGCUCAUCGGUGGCAUUCACUCGAUAUCAACCCGUUAUUUGAAACACAUUUUAGUUACAAACCCGACCAUUACAAAAUAUGACUAUUUAAUACAUUUAAAAGGCACGUGCUAUCAAUGCACUCUGAUGCACGCUCGGAUGUACGUUAGUGUCAAAGUUACGUUGUAAAUAGCAAAUGUCAUUUGCUCGUUGCAAAGCAAAUGUGUUGCAACAAGUAAACGGUCUCUGUUGUAGAUGGGUUCCUCUGACAAUUCUAGCGACCGGUCGUUGGGGUUUCGGCUAUAUCUCUAAAACGGUAAGAGAUUUCAUUUUGGCGUCAAAGAACGAAAGGAAGAACAUUAGUUUUUGGGCUUAGAAAAAAAUUGGUUGAAAAUAAUCUAUAGAUAUAUGAUACAAACGGUACUUUUAUCAGCAUUUCUAGACGUUUUUGCUCUAGGGUGAAAAAUUUUCUAAGGAAUGUUUUUCUCAGUGUAUUUUUAUUGAAUUGCUGAGGUAAUUUGGCGUCGCUUUCACUAAAAACAAGUUCGUUCUACGAUGCAUAGUUUUUGAGAUAUGCUUUUUUGAAGUUUGGGGUGUUUUAGAAAAUUUUUGAAAAUCAAAUUUCACGAUCUAGCGUUUUCCGAAAAAAUAGUCCACUAUGAUUUUUGUUUUGAAUACCAUAUAUGGUCGGGGUUCUGCUAAACCGAACCAAAGACCAUUUUUUGAAAAAUUGAGUUUUCUUAACCAUUAGGUGAUGAAAAUGAUGCUCUUCCUUCCAUGUAAAAAUCCAGUAAUUCUGACAGCUCUUCGUGGAGUAAAUUCAAAAUUUCUGUUUGGCGGAACAUACAAAACAUCAUUUUGCAUCCAACCAGAGUGAACUGUAAACCAUUCGAUAGAAUCAGCGAAAUAUUUUAGUUUUGAUCCAGGUGAUGAACAUUUCAAGUUCUCCUCAUCACCGUCAGAUUUCUAACUUCUAACCGACUCAUAGAAACAAUCUGUGAGAGAAAUGAACACGUUAUUAGAAAUAUGGGUGUGUUAGGAACCAAUUAUGUUUCGAUGGCGCUGAUUGCCAUUUUUCCAAAUCACAUUCAGCCAGACCGAACCAAGUCCACAGCAUUUUAGAAUCAAUUUAUUCUCAACAAUACAAAAACCAACUGGUUUUUAAUACCAGUGUUAUGUCGAUACACUUCAUACUGGUAAUUUAACACAGGAGCCGUCAUUGAACAACAAGCCUAAUUAGAUUAAUAAAGCUUGAAAAAAAUCAAACACUUGGUUGGCUGAUCGAAAAAUGGCGUUUUCACAAAAACCAUGCUUGAGAAGAAUGUUUAGAACUUGAUUCAGACUUGACGACUGACCUUCAGCAAGGUAAUAUGACCUAGAGGUAACGCGCUUGGUUAUCACUCAGAUGAUCCAAGUUCGAAUCUAUUUCAUAUUUUUGGAAACUUUUUUGUACUUAGUACACUUUGGCAGAACAUUUUCAUGGUUUUCUUCGACCAGCAUAAAUUUGAAGUACACAAAUUGCUCCACAUUCACAUCCCAGGACCUCAGGGUAUGCAAGGACAUCGUUUGACAUAAUCACUCUUGCUCUGUGCCUUCACAUGCACCGCUGAUGAAGAAAAAGCAUGGGUGGGAAAAGCUGAGCUGGGAGGGCUUCCGCCGUUCAUAUUUCAAACUAUUUUGAGACCUUCGUGCUACCAUACUAUACGCGUCCUUUUUGAUUCAUGUAAAGGAUUGUGAGUGAUAUCGAUUUCAACUUGAUAGACGAUGAAAAAUCGAGAUUUUUUUCUCUGUACAACUGGUUUUACCUGAAACAAAAAAUCACGUUCAGCCAAACUGAACUAUAAACCAUUUUCUAAUGUUUUUGAUCAGUCAGAGUGAACUGAGUGCAAAGUACCAAGAAAUAAAAUGCACUUAUAUUAAUGAUUCCGAAUAAUUUACAUGUAUUCUUAAGGACAAGGUAUUUGGGGUAUGUGGUACCUUGUGGUAUGCACAUAAUAAAUUAUUGUAUUACUGUAUUACGUUUAGCGUGUAUGUUUACAUUGAGUAUCUGUCAUAUGUUGAGAUGUUGUUAUUGUUGUCUGGAGUGUGAAUCAUUAUAUGUAAUAUUGAAGUAUCGGUAAUAAAGUGUAUACAAAUAAUGAAUACAGUUGUUGAAUAAUCAUUACAGAGAAAGAUUCUCACAUUGGCGACGAGAACGGUGAACAGUGCAUGUGAAAUUAGUUUAAUUUCGGUUCGGGAAGUGUUGUCUUUGGAAAAAGAAAGAGACGAGUGGUGUGUGUGUGUGUGGUGCAUGCAGAGUGGUGAUGACCUCCAGGUGAUGACUUGUAAUUGAAUUUCAACAUUGGAAUCAAAAAGGUAAAUAUUGUGUACUAACUGUUCAAUAUGAAUCAAACAAUCUAUUUGUAUCUUCGACUAAUGACAAUGAUCAACCUGUGAGAGAUUUUGAUGGUGAUCGGUAUUGUUUAGUUUAAAUCGAUGACAAUCACUAUUGUCAGAUAAAGAAAUAAAGAACUGUGAAGAAAAUCUAAGUUUUGUUGAUUGUGAUAUCGAUACUCGUUGAAUGAGGUUGUUCUCCUAAAUCUAGACUUAAAUGCUGAAUGAUGAAUGAAGUAUUGAUUUGUUAACCGGAUGGCCGAGGAAGGCGUAGAGGUGAAACAAUAUUUUGAAAUCAAAUUUUGCCGUUGCUGUUAAAAGCCAGUGAAGGCGAUGAAAGCCAAUGAAGGCGAUAAAAGCUAAUGAAGGCGACAUUCUUGAAAUAGCCGUAAAAGGCGGAAAGGAUUACAGAUAGAAAAGCCGUUGAAGGCGGAAAGCAGAAAACAUGUUAUAGGCAGAAGAGCCGACUAAGGCGAAAAACUCGAUGGCAGAAAGAUCCGUCGGAGAAUGAAAAGCUGUUGAAGGCGGAAAAAGCCGUUGAAGGUGGAAAUGCCGUUGAAGGCGGUAAGACCUGCAAGGCAGAUAUAGUCGAUUCUUUGUAGAGCCGUAAAAGGCGAAUUGUGUUAUUAAAAAUUAAAGUACUAAAAACGCAACAGUGUCGUAAAUUUCGUAAGAAACAGAUUACCAGCCAACGCAGAUUUAAGGGUUGUUUGCAGAUCAGAAUGAAUUUGUCGGCCAAUCUUGAUGCAUGGGAAAUUCCUUGGCUGAAUCGCUUAAGAAACCGUUUUUUCUUUGAUCGCAGUACGCAGUUGCGAAGAAAUGACAGUUCAAAUGGCAGUCACCGUAGAAUGUUUCUGCCAGGAAUCGUUCUAGAAGUUUCUUGAGCGAUUUCUCUUGAACUCCAAUCUGGGCUUUAUAGUUAAUUGAACCAUUAAAAAUGAAAUUUCACACCAAUUAAGUGGCAGCUGAGAAGGCGAAAGACAAAACUAAACUUUAGGCUGAGCGUGACUAGAAAAACAGGAACGAAUAGUAUUUGCAUAUGUUCCAAAUGCGAAUAUAACUGAGCAGAUACUGAGAUUGUUGUGGACCCACCUCAGGUGAUAUAUAUUGAAGUUAUCAUUGCUCAGUAAAGUAUAAUAAGUCUACGAGACGUAAAAAGGGUUGGCUCUUGCAACCAAAUUAACAUGAAGACAUGAUUUAACUAAUGCUUUGUCCUCUCUUACAAGACUAAAAAUGUAACUUCAAGAAAUUUAACAUCAAUGUGUGAAAAUUAACAUCAAACUGUCUUGGUAGUUCGCAAGAUAGGACGUCAAAAUGACAGUUAAAGCAUUCGUUGAAGCUAGACGACAUAUUCAGAGCAGUUGCUAACCACUAACCAGUUAUUUACCAUGCUAGUCAAAUGGCUAGUUGAAUUGGAUAUUUAAAAAAAACGGACAAUAAAAAAUGAAACUUUUCGGCUUAACUAGAAGUCUCAGGAAUUCGAGUAAAAAGCGCUUUAUAACCUAUUGAAUGCCACUUAAUGUUUAUGCGAUUCAAGUGAGUUCUUGAGUAAUCACUUCUGAAGUCUUUGAAUAUAAAAUGUAUCGGGUGUGGUCAGGAGGGGCAUUUUGACUUAUGAUUGCCUAACACUGGAUAAAGUGCCCUUGAUAGUGCCAUUUUUGCUAAUGAGUGGGCCAUCUUGCCAAGAACUGUGGAACAAGUUAGAGAACAAGGUACAGCAGUACGCUCAACAACAAAUUCUGCACAAUAAUUUACUUACAGGAAGAGACAAAUUUUGAUCAGUUAAAGAAGUAUUGAAACGAUUAUUGAGGAGAAUAACUUACAGUAUAUCAAAAGCACAAGAUAUUGGAAUAAUAAAAGAUAAUCAUUUCUGUAACUGCAGGAAUAGAUAUAUCUAAUGAAAGCUGAAUUAUGCGGUUUGUUUUUCAGUCGAGCUUAUUUAUGCAAACAGGUACCAUUUACUAACAUGCUACCUUGUUUGAUUUUUUAGAUUUCAUACACUGCAAAAACUGCAAAUAUUGUAUGCAUGUGUCGCACACAUAGAUUUUUGCAAUUUGUCAUAGAUAACCCUUUUCAUGUGUAGAUACACAUAGUUCAUAUAAGGUCCAUCGAUUUUAUGUGUUAUGUGAUCCAGCGUGGAAAACGAGUAUGUGUGUACAAGUAAAAUUUAUAUCCAUGGAUUUUUACCAAUAAAAAUGUGUGUACAUGUAUGAGUGAUAUUUGUGUUAAUAAGUUCAUUGAAAAUUUGAAUAGAAACGUGCUUUAAAUUGUUUCAGUACAUAGAAAUGAAUCGUAGAGGCAAGCGUAAAGGCAAUCAUGACACAGACAAUCAUGGUCAGUGUGCACUAAAUACGUCAGACUUGUAAGCGUUAAAGAAAUGAGGAUGUAUUUCAUCGAAAAGAUGUGAAAUAAGUGAUAUGAUAGACAGAUGAUUGGGCUUUGCAAAAAUGCAGAACAUUCUAGUCCGAUCCAACGAACUGAGAAUAUUAUCAAUAUGAUGAGCAUAUAUAGGAAAUUAGAGUUACUUAAAGAUAAAAGGUUCUAAAUUUUGACGCUACAUUGAAUGCGAAUAAUUUGAAAAAGGCUCGCUGAAAUAGCUUCAUUAGGUAUCUAGAGUGAGAACAUAACAUGUUGAGGGGCUUUUGCAAUAUUUUGGAGGUACACCAUUAAAAUAAGUCCUACAGUUCAGAACCCAAAAGAGCGACAUCAAAGGAACAAAUUUUUGGUUUUGUAAUGUUAAAAUAGGUUUGAUUGAGCACGAAUCACCAGUUAAUGCGGGAAAAUAUGCAUCGUAGAAUGUAAACCUAUUGAGCGACCAAACCGUAAAAAUAAACUCAUUCAGUUUGAAAGGUAAAUGGUAAAUCAUGAGAAUUCCGAAAUUAUCGGAAAUAUGAUUCCUAAAAACGUGGACACCUAUAGGUAUAGGUAUAGGUGAACCGUCGAAAAGUGCUUCAAUAAGAUGAUCGAUUUAUUUUGUUAUCUGGAGAAAAUUUCUUUGUAUAUAAUAAUUGGCUACUGGCGGUGCGAAAAUUGAUGUUUAACCUACUUAUAAACAUAGCAACUCGAUUUAGAUUAGUGCUAUUUUCAGCUCUUAAGUAGCUUAAUGAUGCGCAAUACCAGCAACCGGUUUAAAUUUACGUCACAACUGCAACUUUGCAUGUGCUUAAAUGCGUGACUUCGAUUUGGUACUGCGACGAUGAUGUAUGUAUGUAUUAAGAAUUUGAGCUAAUUAUAGGAUUACAACAGCUAGUACGGGUGCGAGUUUUGCGAACAAAAUGUAUUAAAUAUAAUUCAAAAACUGGAUGUUUUCAAGUUUUCAAAUUACUAUUUAGCUAAAACUAGUAUUACAAAUAUUGCUUUGGACAAGUGACGUUUUUCGAAAUCGUGAUUUGAUUUAAAAAAGUAUCAAUCCCUUCGAUAUUUAGAAAACAAAAUCUGUAAAGCCAAACUUCUGAAUAUAUUCUGAAUAAGAAACGAGUUUCAACGAAGAUCGAUAAAAAAAACAUAAAAUGAAAUAGUGUUUGUAUGACACUUGGACACUUUGGAUCGAAAACGAGUUAAUGGAUAUUGAUAAUUUUUCCACUGUAACAUUCGUGCACAUUCAAAUGUCUGAAUAAUAAUCUGAAUAUCCAUACCUUUUGUAUGAGAUUCUUUUAUGAAGGGACAUGUCAAAAAAAUAUCAGUGGGCAGUAUACAAUGUUUGCAUGCUAGCUGUCAUUGAAAACAUUGGAGAAGAGGAAAGCAAUUCAAUUAAUUCAUCAGCAAAGGUAAUAUUUAGCUUGACACUCAGUAUUAAACAUAUUUUGGGAUUUGGGAAAAUACUUGGGUCAAAAUAAUAUUUCU